AUGCAGUCAAUGCAGAUCCCGACCGCAUUCGAAGAGAAGGUCGAUUCUGAGCCGUCUAAUGCCAUCGCGGAAGUAAUGGCCGAAGUCGUGGCAGGCAUGAAGCCUGUCUCAGCAACCGUCCUCCGGGCUACAAGAGCGUGCGAUGCCCUCGAAGGCUUUGGUUCUGCGCUUCGGGGGUCCAAGGCGUUGCAUCACAGGAGCUACGAGACCCACACGAUCAGCAUGUUUUGGAGUCACAGUUGGCAUGGUAAGGCAUGGAGAAAGUGGAUCACUCUUCUGCUCUUCUACAACGGUUGGGCUGCAACUGCCAUCGCAUGCAUUGGGUCCACCGUAGCAUCUGUUCUUUUUGCCUUGGAGGUCUUGCCUGUCCUGGGACCCGACAACUUCACUGAGUAUGUCUCACAGGACAUGUGGCAAUCCUUCUGGGCAGCCCUGGUCGGCAUGAUUUUGUACUUGUCGGUGCUGGUGUUUUGGAGGCCCAGCGGAUCCAUCUUCCUAGAUAUGAUCUGCAUCGACCAAGUGAAUAAACGCAACAAAGGUCAGGCGUUGCUGAGCAUGGGAGCUUUCCUCAAGUCAUCAGAGUCAAUGCUGGUCUUGUGGGAUGCCACGUACAGCGAUCGUUUGUGGACCAUGUUUGAGAUUGCUGGCUUCUUGAAGAGCCGUAAAGAGGGAGAGACGCCCAGAAUCGUCUUGCGGCCCACCAUGCUGGGCCCAUGCUACCUAGUGCAGACACUGACGCUGUUUCUCCUUCUCACACUUCUUGGCAAUAUCAGUAUGCACAUCUCAGGCGACGGCCAACAGGCGGUAUGGACUCUUUAUCUGCUUGUUGUUUUCGGUGUCCUCUACAUCAAUGCGGCUGGUUUCAGGAUUUACUUUCGCUCUGUGAACGAUUCCAUGGAUCGACUGGCUUGCUGGCGUCUUGCAGAUGUCAGUUGCUUCUGCUGCAGUGACGGCCACAAUCAGAGCCGUGGACUCUGUGACAGAGAGAUCGUGCUCAAGUGCAUCCGCACAUGGUUCGGCAGCGUUGAAGAGUUCGAACACCGUGUGCGGACGGAGCUCUUGGACACGUUUAGCUACGAGCAGUCCAGGCAACCCUUCACAUACGGACAGGUCGCCAUUGCUCUUGUCCCAUUUUUUUGGAGCUCCCUUGACAGAGCCUCUGUGUGGGCUCGCUUCGCACAUGAUCUGGACACAUGGAGUGCGGCAUCAGGAGAAGUUGUAGCAGCAAGGGAGGUCAUACGAGGCCUGGGAUUGUGGUUGGGAGUCUGCCCCGUGGCGUUUCUCAUCCAAUGUCGACUCGCCUGUUGCUUGCAACGGAAGUGCCGAUGGUCGAUUUGUGAACACCUGCUCAACUCGUUGCCAGUCUUUGCUACUGGUUUGUUCUUCUCCGUGCAUCUCCUUCUGGAGCAACUGUUGUUUUACCACCCGUUUAUUGAGUAUGAUGGGCAUGGACAUCUACCCAGCACGAUUCUGCUCACUGUGACGGUGCUGCCUUUAGCAUGGUUGCUUUACAGAUACGUUGGGGCAGGUCCGGUGGUGAGAGCACGGCGCACAAUCGAAACGUGA